AUGUCCGACACAGGCCUUCCCCCAGACUGGGAAGUCCGCCACUCCAAUUCUAAGAACCUCCCGUAUUACUUCAACCAAAAGACUCACGAAUCGAGAUGGGAACCUCCGGAGGAUGCCGAUACGGAAAAGCUCAAGAUAUACAUGGCGCAACAUCACAGUUCUGCAAACACCCGCAUCGACGGUGCUCCAGCUGAUGGUAAAAUCCGGGUGGCACACCUCCUCGUGAAACACAGAGACAGUCGUCGACCAUCCUCCUGGAGAGAAACCAACAUUACUCGUUCCAAAGAAGAGGCCAUUGAGAUGCUGAAGGGCUACGAAGAGGAGAUCCGGUCGGGACAAAAGUCCCUCGGAGAUCUCGCCGUCUCAGAGUCGGAUUGCAGCAGUGCCCGCAAACGAGGUGACCUGGGCUUCUUUGGCAAGGGCCAGAUGCAGAAGGAAUUCGAAGAUGCUUCAUUUGCUCUGGCACCAGGAGAAAUGAGUGGCGUCGUUGAGACUGCAUCCGGCGUACACCUCAUUCAACGGUAG